AUGGGACUUUGUAAUGGUACAAGAUUGAUCAUUACUAAGUUAUCUGAUCAUGUUGUAGAAGCAAAGAUUGUCAGAGGCCACAGUGCCGGUAAUGUCGUGUUGAUACCAAGGAUGUCCAUGACUCCAACUGAUACAAGAUUGCCAUUUAAAUUUCAAAGAAGGCAAUUUCCCCUAAUGCUGUCAUAUGCAAUGACUAUCAACAAGAGCCAAGGACAGACUUUAACACACGUCGGGCUACUACUAAAGAAACCCGUAUUUGUUCAUGGUCAACUAUAUGUGGCUGCUUCAAGGAUUAGUAACCCUUCUGGGUUAAAAAUUCUAAUACCCAAUGAAGGAGGUAAGAGUAGUAACUACACUACCAAUGUUGUGUACCAUGAAAUGCUCGAGGUGGUUACUCGUGCUGCUGCAAAUGGUGUGACUCUUUCUCCAUUUGGGAUACUCAUUCAGGAAAUUAAGAUGUUGAUUCAGCAGCUUCCUCAAGUUAGUUUUGUGUUUGUUCCUCGAACUGGAAAUGGAUCUGCUCAUGUUUUAGCACGAAAAGCUCUUUGUAAUCCAGGGGUAGAAAGGAUCGAAUGGUCUGAUUCUAUUCCUUCUUUUCUGUCUGUUUCAGUUUGUAAGGAUACUGGUAAUGCUUAA